GAGUUUUUGUUUUGAGAGCGGAUUUCUUUUAUUUCUCCGUGGGGGAUGAGAGCCCAACAGCAAAUGGAAAUUCAGCCUCCGGCCCAGCCCAGCCCAGGUACAACCCCCUGGCGAGAAAAUGGAGGGAAAAGGUGCAAAAGCGAGGGAAAACCCUCUUCCCGUUCCCCAAAUGCGCGCACGGAAAAAUAUGGAAACCUACGACGACCUCGGUUCCGGCACCGACGGCGGCAUCCACCCGCCGUCGGCGAUGGAGGAACCACCCACCGCCGCCGCUGCCGCUCCAGAGCCCUACCUCAUCGGCGCCGACGCGCUCCCCGCCCCUCACCCGGGUACUGCCGCCGGCGCGAGGAAGCGGAAGGCCCCGGGUAUGGCGAUGGGGAAGGCUGCCAAGAAGCCUCUCAAGCCGCAGGUUGAAGAGCCGAUUCAGCUGCCUGUGUACCAUGGACUUACAAAAGAGUUUCUCAGCGUGGAGGGCAAUGAUUUAGUUGAAGAUUGCUCAGACAUUUAUUAUGCAGAGAACAAAUGUGCGCACGUCAUCGGCGAGCUGCCGCUGCUGCCACAGUCCAUGUCAUUGGUGGAUCUACAGCUCUGGAUCUUCAAGCUGUUCCGGCUCCAUCCAGAAACACAAGAUCUCGAUAUUAAGGGAUUCUUCAAACAGCACAGAAAGGACCUCACUGACGACGAGUCCUCCGAUCCAGAAUGUCCUUUGGAGUACUACUCGUGGGACGUGCAUUAUUUUAGGACUGACAAAUGCUGGAGUUCCUUUGCCAACAAAUUGAAGAGAAAAAGGAAUGUGACGCAGAAGUUCAUGUUGUAUGUGCAAUCUUCUGAGAUCAAGCACUACCACAUUUUGCUCAAAGCUGUAAAUGACGAUUAUUCUCAACUGGCGACGGUUUUGUUGCCUGGGACGAAAGGCCUGGCGAGUCGCUUCGGCUUUGGUGCCCUUGUGGAAGACCCGACAAUGACAGCUGAUGAAAUUGCAGAUUAUCUCACUCGUCACUAUGGCGAGCGGAUUAGUCCUGGUGAGGCGUGGAGAGCAAAACAGUUUGCCCUGGAGAGGAAAUUUGGUACCUUUUAUGAUUCACACAACUUUGCCCCGAGGUUACUCAAGGAAAUAGCACGUAAAAACCCUGGUGGUUUUGUCGACAUCAAGGAUGCAGAGGUUGCAGGGUGUAAAGAUUUUCGAGUCCUGCAGCGUAUGUUUUGGGCAUUUGGUCCGUGCUUAAUGGCCUUCUGUACCUGUUGCCCUGUGCUAUGCAUCAAGGGCACACCACUAUGCGGGAAAUAUCAAGGGAUGCUGUUGACUGCUGUAGCAUUAGAUGCUAAAUUCUUAAGAAAGCUGGCUGUGAUUUCUUAAGAAUUUGGAGCGAGCAGUGGUGCAUCAGUCUGAUGUGUGCAUCAUACACGACUACAAAAAGGAGUUGAUUGAUGCUGUGGAGGACCUUCUGAAUUCCCGUGAACGUCAGUGGCGUAAAGCAGAAAGCUGGUGGUGCAUGGAAGACCUUGCUGAAAACUUCUUUGGUAUUUUGGCGACAAGAAGCUGGUGAUGAUGUUCAAGAAACUUUGCCAGCAAAAACGACGCCAUAAGUUUGGGAAAAUCUGGAAGGAGCUAGACGAGUUGACGUCCAAAUAUAUGGCGGAGAAACAACAUGGCGCUAGUGGCGAAAUGCAGCAGGAAUCAGUCCAGUAUGAUGUGACAGAGCUUGUGAGGCAAAGCCCAUGCAACCAACAUGAUUCUGUGAAGGAUGUGAAAAAAGGAAAUCAUGCUGAUGACAACAACAGAAAGAUAACAAAGUUCUCUGACUGGAUCGGUCUGAAACCAAAGGAGAAGUGGUCACUGGCGUAUGACAGUGAUGGAGCAAGGUAUGGCAUCAUGGGCAGUUAUACAGCUGAUGUAUAUAAGAAUGAUCCUAUCUUGAAAGGGAUCACAUGCCUUCCGCUCAGUGCGAUAGUGGAGGUGACAUUCCUGCGCUUGGUAGAGUACUUCAAAAACACAAGUGUCGCAGCAAACAAAGCGAUCGGCAACCCAAUAAUUAACUUCCCUGAACAUGUCCAGGUUGACCUGAAUUCCAAAAUGCAGAAAUCCGAGACGCACAGACUUAUGUACACAUACACCGAUGAAAAGAAUUAUCUUGGUAAGGUAGUGGAUCAAAAAUACAGUCAAGGGAAGGAAGAGGGAGGUGACUGUUCACCUGAAGACGGACUAUAUCCUCGGCAUUAAUAAGUCUAAAGGAUGCACAAUUCGAAAAACUGCCACCUGUUCAUGUGGCAAGCCACAGGUACUUCACAAGCCUUGUUCUCAUGUCAUUGCCGCCUGUUGUGAGAUUGGGAUUAACUCUGCUACAUACAUGUCCCCGUACUACAGCCUGCCCUAUCUGGGUAGGACCUGGAGGCAAAAAUUCAAUAAGUUCUCACACGACUACAGGGAUACCAUACCACACUGCUUCAGAGGUAUCAUACCAUUUGGAGGUGAAACACCAACUUGGAUCCCAGACAAGAGAUUGGAGUGUGGCCUUCCUGUUUGUCUAUCAUCGGACUGCGUACGAACUGCCGUGGUCGAGGAAGAGCAACAGUGCAGAACUGAAGAUGGAGCAGUUGCAGGCAAUCGUGAAACCUAGACACACUCAGAAGAACCUAGCCAGAUUUGAGAUUCCAAUCUCAUUGUCAAACUCCCAGGUUAUUCAUAUAUUGGAUGCUUAGUAUGUGUUAGCCGUUGUAGUUAAGCUAUCCUAGGCAAACUCCGAACCUCUGUUAUUAUUCGUGGUGCUUCCAUGUUGCACUGGAAACCGAAGUUAUUAUAUCUUUGCUAGUACUA